CGCGGCCCCGCCCUUUCCCCCUCACAGAGAGAGGGGGAAGGAGUGUAGAGAAGUAUCCAGGUGCGAAAGACUGCGAGGUUAGCGGCAUGCGCACGCGCAGCGCCUCCGUCCUCGCCUAGGUGCGCAAGACCACGCCCUUUUCUCCACCUCCCAGCAGCUCCGUUCGGCAACGCCUUGCGCACCGGAGCUCAGAAGGUGGGGCGCGCGCGCAGCGGCCGGACGGGUCUCGCAGCUGCAGUGAGCUCACUUUCUCGCUCUUGUGCACACCUAAGCCACAGCCGGAGCCCCCUCCGACGUCCUCGGCAGCCCACGCUACACUCAACUUCAGCAUAAGGCGGCGGGCGACGCGAAUUCCUUUCUUCGAAUCUUCCCCGCACCCACCUGAGCGUGAGCCGCGAAGGCCGACCAAUCGGCGGCGGCGGCGACCGGAGCCUCUCCGACCGCACCUCCCCCGCCCCCACCUGCGGAGACCGACCAAUCAGCGGCGGCGGCAGCUGAAUCCUCUCUGACCGAACUGCCCACGCCUCCCUCUCGGACCCUUUCCCUCAGCAACGGUCCUCGGCUGCGGCUCGCGCGGGACGGUCGGAGCACGGCCCGGGAUGGGGCAGCAGCCGCACUUCCCGGCUCUGCUCCCCCUGCUGGGGGUCCUGCUCCUGGCCGGGGCAGCUUGGAGCUUCGACUACCACCCCGCCAGCCUUAGAGGCUCGGAGGAGCCAGCCGACCUUCAGGACUUGUGCCAUGCCCCCAGGGUGGUAGGUAGGUGCAGAGCCUCGAUCCCAAGGUGGUGGUAUAAUGUCACAGAUCAGGCUUGCCAAACAUUUGUCUAUGGAGGUUGUGGUGGAAAUGAGAACAACUUCCUAACACGAAAAGAAUGUCUCAGAGUGUGUGCUGGAGUUACAGAGUACUCUGCUAACGAAGCCCCAGCCAGGAGGAGUGGAGCACAUGAACCUGGCCCAAGUGCUCCCAAAAAGCAAGAUUCGGAAGCGUUUCCUGGCAAUGAUUUCAACUACGAAGACUACUGCGCAGCCAAAGCAGUGACCGGUCCCUGCCGGGCAGCCUUCCAACGAUGGUUCUUUGAUGCUGAGAAGAAUACCUGUGCCCAUUUCAUCUAUGGAGGAUGUCGAGGCAAUAAAAACAGCUACCUGACCCAAGAGGACUGCAUGUCAAAAUGUUUUGGCAAGCGCACCUAUAACUCAUCUCAUCCUGUCGUCCCCCACUCCACCAAAGGGGAGCAACGGCCCAAGUGGACUUGUGCCUCAGGAGUUGCCCUUUCUGGAUCCUUCUGCCUAGAACCUCUCUUAUCUCCAGCCGUGGCCUUGGCGGUGCUGCUGGCAGUGAUGGCGGCCGUCCUUCUGGGAGCCAUGGUGGUCAUCUUUAUCAAGAUGGCCCGGAAGAACCAGGCGAGUGCGUUCAGCACGGUGUGGAGUCCCAUCGAUGACAAGGAGUACCUGGUGAAGAGUGCCUACACCCUCUGAGGAGGCUGGGGAUCCCCCCGCCUGUGAGCAGUGGCAGCAGCAUCCCUUUGCUUCCAUCUUAAUAUGCAAACUGCAACAGGGGCUCAAAAUCUGAUCAGUGUAAAUAUGAGAAAUUGUUGGGUGAGGGGAAGAAGGGAAAGCAAAUUGUAGAAAGGCUGCGUGUUGGGUAUUUUUGUUUCCUCUUUAGUUUUUUAAGUGCGAUUGAUUUGUGUAUGACCUAUUUUUUAUUCCAAGAGGCAAGCGAAGCACGCUUCCGAGUUUUGUUUGUUUAGGGGGGAGGGGGGCAGCUGGGAAGUGGCAUUUUGGUUCAGAAAUAUUUCUAAAGAAACCAAAGCACGGAUUCUUAUUUUAGGAUUCUGAAAGGGGGUAGAGGAAGAAAUGUGAAAGAUGAAUGAAUAAAAGUGCCUUCUCUUUGAAAA